AUGGACACGUACGAGAAAACGAAGCACCUGCACGCCUCCCAGAUCCCCCAGCUGCGCGGCCAGGACUCGUCCUCGUCCUCCCACCCGGGCUCGGACGAAGUGACGGUGACGCACCACGAGCACGAACCGGACUACGAGCUCGACGACAUUGACGCACACCCACCCAAACCCAUGGCGGGCCCACGUCCGCUGUCGUCGACCGCAGCGCCGCAACAACAGCCCAGCAUGGACCCGGACCCGCGGUCAGCGUACCCCUACCACGCCGAGCAUGGCCCGCCCAUCGACAACAUGUUGAAGUUCGACGAGGCCGAGGAAGACUUCCAGCACCAGAAAAGCCUGUGGUGGGCGCGGGUGCGCCACCACCUGCGCGAUCCGUUCGCCGAGUUUCUGGGCACCUUCAUCAUGAUCUUGUUCGGCGACGGCAGUGUCGCCCAGGUCCAGUUGUCCGACACCAAGAACCUUCCCACAAGCAGUCAGAACAAGGGCGAUUAUCAGUCUAUUUCUUGGGGAUGGGGCAUCGGUGUCAUGUUCGGCGUCUACGUCGCCGGUUGCGCUGGUGGCCACCUGAACCCGGCCAUCACUUUCGUCAACUGCCUGUAUCGCAAGUUCCCCUGGUACAAGCUCCCCAUAUACGCCUUCGCCCAGGUUCUCGGCUGCUUCUGCGGCGCCGCCGUCAUCUACGGCAACUACAAGUCGGCCAUCGACGUGUACGAGGGCGGCCCCGGCAUCCGCACGGUGCCGGGAUACUCGGACACUGCGACCGCCGGCGUCUUCUGUACCUAUCCGCAACCCUUCCUGACCAAGACCGGCCAAGUAUUUUCCGAAAUCAUCGCCAGCGCCGUCUUGGUCUUGAUCAUCUUCGCUCUCAAGGACGACGCCAACCUGGGAGCCGGCAACCUGGUGCCGAUUUGCUUGUUCUUUUUGAUCUUUGGAAUUGGCGCCACUCUGGGCUGGGAAACGGGUUAUGCCAUCAAUCUGGCUCGAGACUUUGGUCCGAGGCUGUUCACCUACUUCGUCGGUUAUGGCCAUGAAGUCUGGAGUGCGGGCGGCUAUUAUUUCUGGGUGCCCAUGGUGUGCCCUUUCAUUGGCGCCACGUUCGGGGGCUUCUUGUACGACGCUAUGAUUUAUACCGGCGAAUCGCCCAUCAACACCCCAUGGAUGGGUCUGAGACGAGUCGUCCACCCAUCCAAAAAGGGCAUCAAAGAAGCCAUCACUGGUCGUGCGGACAGGCAGGUCUGA